AUGAGUUCCGACAACAAGAGCCAACCCUUACUGUACAUGGCAGGCAACAGGGACAACAACGCGCCGGAAGUUGCGUACGAAGCUCCUAUUCUAUCGGAGCGCAACCCGGAAAGCAUGCAGAGCGUGUACCCGACCGACCAUAAACCGGCACCUUACUACUCCGACCAGCCAGUUCAGCCACCCCAGCCUACGGUCCAGCACGAACAGCAGACAGGAAGACCAUGA